AUGGAGUCGCCGCCGCCGCCCAAGUUCGUCGCCGGCCAAGAUCGCGAGGACAGAAUCAGCGCGCUCCCCGACCACCUCCUCCUCGACAUCCUCGAGCGCCUCGACCUGCGCGAGGCCGUCCGCGCCGGCGCGCUCUCGACGCGGUGGCGGCGCCUCCCCAAGCACCUCUCGCGCGUGCACCUCAACGUCGGUCAAUUCCAGGGCGUCGUGCCGCUCGAGGCCAUGGACGCCUUCACGAGCGCCGCACGGGCCUUGCUGAAUGUGGUCGAGGGCCAGUGCGAGCGUGGUGCCCUCAAGGUCCUCAGCCUCAGCUUCUACAUCUCUUCCCCUCACUUGAGCUCCAUAGGCCGCCUCGUCGUGGACGUCGUGAGCUUGGGCCAGACCCAAUGCCUUGAGUUCUGCGUGUUACUGCCGCCCUCCAGCAACACCAUCCCACUGCUCGCCGAGAAUGGGCAGCAGUUCAUGUCCUUCUCCCGUGCCUAUCCAGUCGCCUUCUCGUGGCUCACCAGGCUUACACUCAAGAAACUUGUGUUUGGACAUUCGGACGUCACCGACCUCAUUACCGCUUGCGGUAGGCUCAGGCAUCUCUACCUCAGCUUCUGCAGACUAGCUGAUCCGUUCUCCGCGCUCAAGAUCGACGUGCCGCGCUCUGGGAUCCAGGAGCUCGAGUUCUCCUUCGUUGGGUGCACGGGAAUUGAGCUCAUUUCUGUCCCUAAGCUUAGGCGAGUGGGGUGCCAAAAUUGGAUCUUUGAGAACCCUCCAGUGUGCUUCGGCUACGUUCCUGAGCUUUGUGUUGUACAACUCUUUUCUAAAGCUAAGGAAUGGCAGGUGCCAUUCGCGCUGAGCGAGUGCCUGUCAAGGACAGGGAGUGCAAUGAACCUGUCAGAAUUGUAUCUCGAUUUUUUGCACCAAAUGAUUUGGAUUCAGCCUGAACAUCCGAAGCAGCUCACUGCUAUAUUCAAAAGCCUCACCUCUGUGUUUCUUUUGGGUAUCUUCAGUGAGUGUGAUCUGAACUGGACAUUGUUUAUCCUUGAAGCUGCACCUGCCCUACAGGAUAUUGCAUUAUCUCGACAUUCAUGUAUCAAGACUCCCGAGAACAGUGCCGAGAAGAGGAACGUGGUGUGGGAGCCAUCCAAGGAUUUGAAGCACCUGAACUUGAGGGUGCUGCUGAUCCAAGGGUGCGAGGAUGAAGACAAGGUGACUAACUAUGCAAGGCUAGUCAUGGAACGAGCUGUGGGGCUGAAGAGAAUCCUCUUGUGUGAUCAACUCCCAUGCGAGGACUGCAAUGCCAUCAACCCAGAGCCUUCCCUGAGAAGAUCCCAGGUUGAUGAAGCUAGCAGGCAUCGGAUUAAGGAGCGACUCACACUCUUCCGUGGACAUAAUAAUCUGUUGAUGGGUAUAGUCAUGGAAUGGUCAAUCGCACAACGCCUGCAGCUGCUAGAGUGA